AUGGAAUUGUUCGCAAAUAUUACUCCACGUACGGCGGAGAAUUUUCGCCAGUUUUGCACGGGAGAAACCAAAGAUGCCCGUGGACGGCCUCAAGGGUACAAAGGAAGCAAGUUCCAUCGGGUGAUCAAAGACUUCAUGAUUCAAGGUGGCGAUUUUCUGAAUGGUGAUGGCACGGGCCGAAUAUGCGUUUAUGGAACCACUACAUUCCCUGAUGAGAACUUCAAUUUAACCCAUGACGGACCCGGUUUGCUUAGCAUGGCAAAUUCCGGUCCCAAUACGAAUGGGUGCCAGUUUUUCAUCACUACAGUUGCAACCCCUUUUCUAAACAACAAGCAUGUUGUAUUUGGCCGGGUAGUUGAAGGGAUGGAUAUUAUUAAAAUGGUAGAAAAUACCCGAACUGCGCGAGAUAAGCCAACCCAAGAUGUUACCAUCGCCCAAUGUGGAGAAAUGUAA